UUACCUUACCUCGCUAAACGCAACCAAAGCAAAGCAAAGGGAAAACAAAAGAACGAAAAACAAAAACAGCACCAUUUGGUUUUCUCUGUCUUUCACUGAUCGUCCAUGGCUCACACAUCUGCUUCCGAUUCCCGCCGCCACCUCACCGUAAACCCUCCGCUUCCGAUCUCCAAAGAUGUUCAAGGAUCUGACAAUCCUAUUCCACUUUCACCGCAAUGGCUUCUUUCAAAGCCAGGAGAGAGUAAACCUGGAAUAGGAACUAUGGAAAAUCAUCCUGCUCCAUAUACAGCUCAUAGAGGCCGCUCUGAAUUCAUGAAACCAUUGGGAAAUGAUGAGGGGAUACAUGAUACCCCGAAGAAGAAUGUUUUUAGGCCAUCCUUACUUGAUAUGGAAACUGGUCGGCGAGACCGCUGGCGUGAUGAAGAACGAGACACCCACUCAUCCGUGCGCAAAGAUCACUGGAGAGAUGGUGAUAAAGAGCUCGGUGACAGCCGCAGGAUGGAUCGAUGGGCGGAUAACUUGCCUUCAAAACAAUUUGGAGAAGCACGCCGUGCAUCCAUCGAACGGUGGACUGAUUCAGGUAACAGGGACUUAAAUUAUGAUCAAAAGCAUGAUAGGAAAUGGAACACACGAUGGGGGCCUGAUGAUAAAAACAAGGAAAGGCCACGGGAUAAGUUGGUCGACUUUGGAAGUGAUGGUGAUAUGCCUCUUAACAAAGGGUUGUCUCAUCUUUCUAGUCAUGGAAAGGAUGUGAAGGAGGGUGAUCACUAUCGGCCAUGGAGAUCCACCACUUCUCAAAGUCGAGGAAGGGGAGAGGCUUCUCAUCACCAAACACUAACUCCAAGCAAGCAGGCUCCCACAUUUUCUUACAGCCGGGGACGUGGAGAAAGUCACCACCCUUCAACAUUUUCUGCUGGCCAUGGAAGGGGAAGUUCUGGUGGAAACUCAGGGGCUAGUAUACCUUCUCAUCAUCAAACUCUAGGAAUCAUAUCUGACAAGGGUGACAUUGACCAUGGAGAGCCAUCCCAUUUAAGAUAUAGUAGGAAAAAAUUGCUUGACUUAUAUAUGAGGACUGACAUGAGAGUUUUCCAAAAACUCGUUGAAGAGCUUGUAUCAGUGCCUUCACUUACACAUAAUGAACCAUUGGAACCUCUAGCUCUUUGUGCUCCUAAUCCUGAUGAAAUGCUUGUUCUAAAGGGAAUUGACAAAGGGGACAUAACAAGUAGUGGUGCUCCACAGAUGUCUAAAGAUGGGCCUGUUGGCCGGAAUGCUACAGAGUUUACUCAUUCAAGACCAAACAAGAUUGGUAGUAGAGAAGAUUUACCAACUGCUGUUGAUGAUUCUAAAGAGGAGAGGUCUGACAUUCCAAACAGCAGUUAUUCACAGCUUGAAAAGCAUAAGGGAUACCCAGAUCCUAAAUUCAAAUUCGAAGCUAUGGAGAACAGGUGUCCUUUCAGAAGGGAUGAAGAGGUGCCCAUAGAUAGGGAAUCAAGUAUACAAGUAACACACUCUGUUAAUCCUGGCACCAUGUGGCGAGCCUCUUCAUUUGGAGAACAAUCACCUGCUGUCAAACAGGACAGGAAGGAGAUCCCAAAUGAUAUUGGGUCAAGAACCCCUGACAUGAGCUGGUCACAACCUCGGAAUAAUAUAAUUGACCAAUGGGAAAGUAGCGUGAUGAAUUCAUCCCAUUCUAGAGGUGAAGCAAAUUGGCAAUCUAGUGAGGAUCCUAUCCUUAAGAGGCAACCAUCUGGAGUUUUGGACAGGGAACAUGAGUCUAGGAAGCUGCUUGCUCCCGAGGACCUUAUCCUUCACUACAAAGAUCCUCAAGGUGAAAUUCAAGGCCCUUUUUCAGGGAUUGAUAUCAUAGGUUGGUAUGAGGCAGGAUAUUUUGGGAUAGAUUUGGAAGUUAGGCUUGCAAGUGCACCAAAGGACUCUCCGUUUUCCUUACUUGGUGAUGUAAUGCCCCACUUACGUUCUAAAGCACGUCCACCACCUGGAUUUGGUGUGCCAAAACAGGGUGAACUAUCAGAUUUUUCAAGCAGACCUAAUUUCAGUAUCCUUGGGAAAGAUCAUACUGGUGCAAGUGAUAUUGAUAGAAUCGGAAAUGAGCCAAGGCCUGCAACAGAAGCUGAAAAUAGGUUUUUGGAGUCACUAAUGUCUGGUGGCUUAAGCAACCCAUCCCAAGGUCUGCAAGGAUAUCUUCCAAAUAAUCCUAGUAGCAUCCCAGCAUCUGGAAUAGAAAAUGGGAGUGAUCUUUAUCUCUUGGGCAAGAGAAUGGCUUUGGAACGGCAGAGGUCAUUACCAAAACCCUACCCUUAUUGGCCGGGUAUAGAUGCUUCAUCCUUGGCUUCAAAGCCAGAUAUCAUCUCUGAGUCACCUGCAGCUCAAGCAAAACUCCUCACAUCUUUGACUGACAACACUCUUCCGCCACCUCAGUCACAAGCUGCUGAUUUGAUGUCCAUCCUCCAAGGGUUACCUGACCGGUCUGCUCCUGCAGUAAAUAAUAGUGUUGAGGGUUGGUCAAAUUUCCCUGCACAAGGUGCAUUGGAUCCUCUUCAAGUUAAGAUGGGGUUACAUCAUGCUCAAAAUUUUCCUACCCAAGCGCCCUUGGGGAUCCAGCAACAGAGGCCGCAAACACCGACCGCACCUUCCUUAACUAAUUUGCUUGGUCAAACUAUGGAUAAUCCACCUGGCAUUUUAAAACCUGAAAAUCUUAUCUCCCCAACUUUAUCUCAAGACUCUCAACUGCUAAAUAUGUUGCAGCAGCAGUAUUUAAUGAUGCAGCUGCAACCCCAGACACCAGUACAACAAACACAACAGAUAUUGCUUCUUGAAAAGAUCAUGUUGCUUAAACAGCAACAAAGACUGGAGGAACAACAAAAGUUACUACGGCAACAACAAUUGCUCUCACAGGUUUUGCAAGAACAUCAAUCCCAGCAGCAUUUUGGUGAACCCGCUUAUGGACACUUACAGAAUACAAUUCCAAUAGGGAAUUCAUCAAUGGACCCCAGUCAAGUUCAGCCAUCGUCACAAGAAAUUCUUCAGAUUGGUUCGCAGAUCCCAGGAACCCAAGAUGAACAUGCCUUUAACUUAAUGAAUAUGCCUCCACAAGUUUCCAGGGAUACAAGUUAUGCUGUUAGUUCUGGAUCCCCUUCUGUGCUUCUACCCAAUGAGAUGCUCAGUACUAUCAGUUUUGAGAAGAGCUUGGGGACUAAUGCACCAGAACUAGUAAAUGGCAUCCGACAGUCUUUGCCAGUGACGACCACCAUUGAAAAAUCACCCUCAUUGGAAGCAAACACAUCCUCCCAAGAGGCUUCUCUUGUUAAAGAGCCACUCCUUGCUUCCGACUGCCAUGCUGUUACCGUGGAGCAGCCACAAGACUAUGCUCAGAAAAUUGAUGAAAUUGUACCAGCUGUACCCCUUGUGAAUGAUGCAAGUUGUGGAAACUUGGAGCACCAUGAAACUGCUACUGCUAGAACCCGUAAAACUGAUACUCCAAAUGAGGAUGUUCAGCCUACUGCUGCUAUCGAUGAACUGCAAGUUCAAAGAGAGAAAAACAAUAAUCAGCCUUCUGUGGUGAGAGAAGUUAAGGAUGCUGAAGCUCAUGAGGUAAGAAAAACUUCAGAAAAGAAGUCCAGAAAGCAAAAGGCUAGUAAAACACAAACCUCUGACCUUGCAAAGGGACUUUCAAAUGCAUCCUCUUCGGUGCAAAUAAAACCACCUGAAACUGAAGCACCAGUUGUUGGUCAGACUAACAGUACUGGACAUAACAUUGAUGUGAUGUCUCCAGGAAAGGCAGAAGAGAACAAGUCCGGUAUUUCACCCAUAGAUUCUCCCGAUGCUAAAAGCUCUUCAGCUGCUAAAAUUGUUGUGGUUGAUGAUGAAACCAAAGAACAAAAGGGUGAGUCCCGACUUUCUGGUUCUUUCCCAGUGCUGGAACCAAUUGCACAGCCUGCGGAAAGUGCUUGGAAACCUGCUCCUGGCUUUAAGCCAAAUUCAUUAUUGGAAAUCCAACAGGAAGAACAGAGGAAGGCUCAAAUGGAGAUGGCGGUAUCAGAGGUUACUUCUGUGAAUUAUUUGAAUUUGUCAACUCAGUGGGCUGGGGCUGUGUCUAGUUUAGAACCCAAUGUUUCUAGAGAAAAUCAAAGAGAUGCAGAUUUAGCUGUGUCAGCUGUUGUGAAACCUGAAAGUUCUUUAAAUCCGACUAGUAAAAAGAGCCAAAAGAGCACAUUACAUGACCUGCUGGCAGAAGAAGUGUUGGCAAAAUCCAGGGAAAGAGAUGCAGAUGUUCCUGGCACUAUUUGUACAUCUUCUGACAAUGUAGCCACAACAAAUGUUGAACCUAUUGAUGAUGACAAUUUCAUUGAGGCUAAAGAAACUAGAAAGAGCCGAAGAAAGUCUGCCAAAGCUAAGGGCACGGGGGCAAAAGCUUCGGUUCCUGUUAACACUGCUGAUGUGCUUCUUGUUAGUGCAAGUACCGUUUUUUUUUGAUAGGAAUAGGAUGUC